UUAUUUAUUCUAAUUUUAAUAAUGUAGAAUAUCGAGAGCCUUCUAUUUUACUUAUGUAAGCAGAUCAUCCUUUUUUCCGUAAACAUUUAAAAUUAGAAUUACAUAUGAGAAGCUCAGCACGUUCCACACCCGGAAUUACGACAUGAAGUAAAUAAGAUACUUAGCAAUGAUUAGGUAACAAAGUUGUUUUGGAUUGAUAACCGCGUUCAUAUUUACGACAAUAAAAUUCCCAGCGGAUAUAUAAACUCGGGAGAAUUCUGCAAAUUCUAUCAUCACACCUACAACACAAACAUACAUACUAAACGACAGCUUAAAAAAGCACCUUAUUACACUUUAAACCUCCAUUUUCAACUUCAAAUAAUUUUUUUAAUACAAAUUUUUAUCCAACUUUUAACCCACAAAAUCAUCAAAAUGAAGAUAAUUUGUCCCAUCUUUUUCAUCUUCGUUGCAACUUUUGUCGCCGCAUUGCCCGUCGAAGAGUUCGGUGGGGAAGAUGGAAUACAUCCUGUUUGCGACUGGGGAGAUAAAUGGGUCUGCUUUUCUAACCAGAGGCUGAGAGAUUUCGCUUGUCGAAGAUUGCAAUGGGGCAACUGGUGUGACCACGGUUUCCCUGCCCCGAUGUGUUAUUGCUGUGGCGCAGUGGUCGUCCCGAUCCCCGGAUGCAACCCAGAUAUUGGGUUCCCAUAAGAAAAACAAAUGUUCUUUGUCCAUGACAGUUCCCUUCUGUAAAGCUUACUCUGUAAAUAUUUUAUGAAAUAUUAACUAUGUAUAUGUAUAUGUACAAUAAUUUAUGAAAAUAUUUUUUGAAAAAAUAAAAUAUAAAAUAUAUUGAUAAUUAUAAUUUCAUAAAAUUAUUCACAAUUCUUCUCCCCAUUUUCCACCCUCGUCCCAUAAAUUCGCAACAUUGCCAACUUUGAUAAAUAGUAAAUAAUCGAUUUUUUUUCAAAAUAAAUGGAUCCAUCAAUCAACACCAAAUCGAGUCGAAUUCACGACAACACGAUAAAAUAAGUGAAACAUGACACAUCGAAUGUCACUUCAUGCUAUAUUUAUGUUCACAUCACAUCACAUAUUCCACCUGUCCUGUCCGACACGAAAAGUUAAUACAUACGUAAUUUCAUGCCUGACAGGAAGACGCACUCUCUCCGCAUAAACGAGGAGGGACGUGUCAUCCAUUUUAUUCAUGCCCCAUCGCAUCGCAAAAAGGUAACCGAAUCAUCGGAAUCAAACUGACAGACGAAAAGGAACUAUGACGUGUCCCAAGGAACUGGAGCACACACACUUUCCCCGGAACAUGUACAUAAAAUGCGUAUGUGUGUACGGACGGACGUACGUGUUCAUCACCGUCGUUAUUAUGUAGACAGUUCUAAAAAAUGAGGGCAGGUUGGUCGUGUUCCGUGUUGAUUUAUGAAUGAAAUAAAGCACGAAACUAUAUAUUUAAUACGGUCCCAUCCCAAAAGAGAACGUGAACGGACGGACGUACGGAUCCGGUAAAAAGUUACCUAAAUAAAUACACAACUUGUUACUACCGAGUCUCAUUUUAGGAGGAGAAAGAAAGAAAGUAGAAAAUAAAUGAGCUUCUCUUCUUCCUGACAAAAAGCAACCUGUCGACCCAUAUUGUUCCAUGGACGGUAAAUAACGAACCAAAGUGCAAAAUACAUGGAAAAAUGGGGCAAAUAAACAAAAAUUGUCUCAAAUAAACUCUCAUUACAAAAGUUGGGAAGCUAUUUUAAGAUUAUUUUUACGCACGUACAUAUGUAUUGAAAAUAAAGAAAUAUCAAUAUCACGUUGUGACGCAGGUGGUACGCAUAAAUGGUAAAAUUUAUGGUAAAUCUAAGGAAAAAGUUAAUUAAAUGAAGACAUUUUAUUUUAUUUCGUAUAUUUUCACCCAAUUAUUUCCAUCCCGAUUCAUUUUCAUAUCCAUAAAUGUAUGUGCGGACGGUUAUUAAAAGGCAGGGAGAGAAAGUGGGACUCGCUUUCUCUCCUCGCCACGUGCCUGUCCUCUCAGUUUGCGAGUGGUGUAGCUACACACAUGAAAAUUCUGGGUGAAAGUAUGGCCUUCAUUUGGGAGAAAGUCCGCCACUUUCUCCCUCCAUCGCACGCACUUUCCUCCAUUCAACUGGGCCAAGUGGGGAGGACGCUACUGGCGUUAGACACGCAUAAAAAUUCAUGAAUCAAACUCCACCACUGACAUUUCCUUGUCAUCCUCCGGGCUGGCAACAUAUAGCAUUUCUUUUUGGCUCAAUUAACCGAAUCGUGUUCAUACUUAGUACAAUUGCAAUACAUACUUUUAAAACUAAUCACUUAAAAAAUAUUGACAAGAGUUAACACGCAAUAAAAAAGAGGGCUCAUUUCAUUAUUCGAUACAAAAAGUUGUUGUUAAUCUUAUUGAGUGGAUUCCAUUAUGCAAAGUCCAAUCCGUCGCUUGUCCAAGUCGGGUAGUGCCGGACCGGGUACGCUGGUCCAUCUCGUCAACAAGGGAGGAUGUGACCACAACGGGGGCGACACGUCGCCCGUCCUCUUGAUUAAUCCUGUCUUUACCAUCACCGCGAAUAAUUGGGCGGCCGCGUGCGAUGCGGCCGCGACGAGGAGAUGUUAUCCCAAAGUAAGGCAAAAGUCCAAGAGUUCGGGAGCGUCACCACAGAGGCAUAUUUCUCCGGGGAAUUUGGGUUUCGGCGAGGAAUUUAUUAACAUUGUGACGAGCAGUGAGUCAGUCGAUGUGGAGUUGUUUUGUGGGGAGGGCAGCAUUUAUGAGGAUUAUGGUUCGCAUCCUUCAAGCCAUACCCACUCAAGGCCCAGCUCAUACCAUUCUAAUCCUUACUUGAAUACGGGCGAGGGACAUGGACGCUAUUACUAUGGGUCGAACCCGAAACUACUGCAGGUCCCAUCCUCCUCUACCCUCAUCCUCCCACAACAACAGUCCUCCGGUCGCCAAGUCCGGUCCAGCUCGAUCACCGUCCCCUCCUGCACCUACAACGAUCCCAACCACCCUCACCAACCCCGAACUCCGGCGAGAUGCUCGUCAGAAAUGUUUAUUCGGCGCAGAUGCUCCUCCACAAGUCCGAACAAGGGAGGAAUUAAUUCCGCUGGAUACUACGACAAUCAAAUGCCAGCCCCACCACCACCCCGACUCUCGUCAAGCACGCAUACGUCCCCACGUGGUCGUGGCUUCUCUCUCACGCCUGGAAACCCGACCUCCUCCCUGAAACGGAGAGCAUCCUACUCCACACGGAGGCGAAGAUCGUCUCAACAUCGACCCCCAGUCUCGUCCUCGUCGUCAUCCUCCCUCUCAUCGCAGGGACACUCGCCUGGCCGACGACAUCACCACCAUCAUCAUCGCCAUCUCCCCGCAAAACCACAGCUUCCUCGACAACGCACCUUAUCCAUGCCGACGUGCGUGCUAGCGCCAGAAAUGAUAACCGCCACCGCCACCUUGCCUGCUCCCCCUCCGGCCAAAAGUAUCCUUCCUCCCUCAACCCCACAGAAGAAGGGCACCCUCGUCAAGAAGAGUAGCACGCUGCGCGACCGUGGCGUCAUGUACGACACGGUGAUCAUCGGUUCGCCCAACGUGGGCAAGUCCACGCUCGCCGAGUACUUCAACAAGGGGAGUGGUUCGUCCGUUCCGGGCAGUUCGGGGAGUGAUCAAGGCAUCGGGAGCGAGGAGGAGGAUUCGUUCGAUGAUGAUCAGGAUCUGCUCGGCGGGGGGAAAGCGAUCUUGUACCGGCCUCAUCACCACCUCGAGCUAAAUCAGCCCCACACCCCACAGUUCAACUUCUCCUUGAGGAUCUUUUGCCAACAGAUUUCCGCCGUGACCCAUCUUUACAAAUAUGAUGCCGUCAUCAUCCUUUACUCCGUCACGGAUCGGGACUCUUUCGAGUUUGCGAGACGAGCUCUAGGAGAAAUAUUGCCACUUCACCCCAAGAAAAACUCCAUUACCGGGGGGUCACCACCCACGGUGACGAACGGUGGUUCGACAAACGGUAACAAAAAGGUGGUCAUCUUAGUCGGCAACAAGUCAGACUUGGAACGGUCGAGGUGCGUCUCUUCACUCGAGGGACGCUCACUUGCCACUGCGUAUGAUGUAAAAUUCAUAGAAAUCUCGUCGUCUUUGGACAUCGGGAUUGUCCAGUUGCAAAAAGGGCUGGCCACCCAGGUCCUUUUGCGACACGGGGGGACAAACUUGCUCGUGGGGAAUGGGGGGCUGGUGCUGAAAGGGGGCGUUCAUCGACACGGGUCGGUCUCGUCGUCAUCGACAUCUUCGUCGUCAACGACCUCGUCAAACUAUUUGAUUACGGGGUCUGGAUCAUCGUCCGGAAGUGGGAGUGGUGGUGGUGGGAAAAUGGGCAAGUUUGGGAAAGGUGGACCACUCUCGUCGCUUCGAUUAGCGCAGAAACUUAUCGAUCGAAUCAUGGCGUUAAGAAUUGUGGGAGGGCAUAAGACCAAGUCGUGUCUGGAUUUGCAUAGUUUGUAAAUGGAAAGAAUUUUGAGUUGCAUAUCAGUUUUUUAAUUAAUUUUUGUACCCAAUUGUGAUUUUAUUCCUCCUCCGGGGAGAAAAUAAUGCACCGAAAAGUGUUCAUGCAUGUGUAAGUAAGCAGGGAAUCCAUGUGUUCAUAUUGAAAACGAUGGUGUUCAUUAGAUCCAUAAGUAGCGUAAUAUUUACUUGUUUAAGUCUGUUAAAAUGACGAUAUAUUCACCAUCUAAAUGUCAUUUAAAUGGCCUGUCAAAUUUUGAACAAGCUGUGACGAAGCUUUAAUAAAUUAGCCGUUAUUAGUAACCUCUUGAACAAAUGACCUUAUAAAAAACCAAUCCAAUUAUUAUCGACACGGUAUUAUAAACCAAAAUGUAUUCACGUUCACUGAAAUUUUCGACACGAACAAACCUCUUCCAAAUUAUAUGCAAAUUGGUGUUGUUGAUCUUGUUGUUGUUAAUUAUGGAACUAACCAAUUAAUCAUGGAAUCGAAAUCUCAAAUCAAAAUAGUUUUAAUUGCAUAUGUAAAAUAGAUGUAAAUAUGUAGUUCUUG